AUGGCCGAGGCCGGUUUUACCCAAACCAGUGGGAUCCUGCGAGCAGCCACCAAUCCUUUGGAUAGCACAGCAACCCCCAAAGCCGCUGUGCCCAGAGGGUUCAGUCCGACUAGGUUGACCAUGGUUAGUAGUAUUAUGGAAUCAUCAGCGACCAUGUCAUCCUUUGUUGAUGACUCGUUGGCACCAGUGUCGUCCUUGUCCCCAUUAGAGGUAUGGUGUCUUGUCAAGCUGGAAGAAUGGUAUAGCGAUGCACUCGCCUUGAAGUGCCCGUGGAUGCGUCGCCGAAUGUUGGAUUGUGUGGAUGCAGUCGAGACGGUGGCACGAACUACCCUGAUCCACAAGCAUCUAGAUAUUGUGGGUCCGACCAUGGGCUGCAGAGGCGUCGAAGAUGCACCAAUCAAGCAAAAGGGUCUCACCAUGGAAGAUGUUGCCAGUGUCAUUCGUGGAGAUUGGAAAGAGAAAACCAUGAAGGGCUACUACGUGACGGGCAAGAUGAAUUCGUCCAUUUACAGGGACGACUGUUUCUUUGAUGGCCCUGACCCUGACAUGCCUAUUAAAGGACUGCGAAAGUUUUGUGGUUCUGCAUCGCAGCUCUUUGAUCGCAAGAAGAGUACCGCCGAACUCGUAGAUCUCCAAGUCGAAGGGAAUGUGAUUGUGGCUCGAUGGAAGAUGAACGGAGUGCUUCGUCUGCCAUUUCGACCCAAGAUGCCCGAAGUUGUGGGUAAGACCACAUACUACCUGGACGAAGACAACCUGAUCUACAAGCACGAAGAGAGCUGGGAUAUAUCGGCUAUUGAAGCCUUCUACAAGACAGAGUGGUUUGGCAACUUUGGAAACAUUGUCUACCACGCUCACUGA